GGGGACGCCGGGAGUUGUAGGCGGAAGAGGGGCGGUGAGAGCAGCGGGAGGGAGGGUUUGGGGGGUCCCCCCUCCAUGGAGACCUCCCGGCAGGUACCACCCGACCGCACCGGGCCGGUUGCUAUGGAUGCCCUGCACGAGGCCGGGAUCUGGGCAGCCCUGGCCCUGCAGGCUGGACCACCCUGGCUGGAGCAGUUCUGGGUCUACUUGACGUCCCACUUCGAUCCCAAAUCCAUCUAUACCUUCUGCUUCCCACUGGCCCAUGGGCUGGAUGCCCAGGUGGGGCUCAUGGUGCUCUGGAUUGGGCUCGUGGCUGAGUGGCUCAACGUGGUGCUCAAAUGGUUCCUGUUUGGGGAACGCCCGUAUUGGUGGAUCCAUGAGUCUGGGUUGUUCUCCCGCGAGGAGCUGGAGAAGUUCCCGCUGCGUCAGUUCCCGGUCACCUGCGAAACGGGCCCAGGGAGCCCCUCGGGCCACUGCAUGAUCCCCGGGGCGGCCCUGUGGCCACUUGUCACCGCGCUGACAGCCAAGGUGGCCCGGAGCACCCGGAGCCGAGUGCUGAGGCUGAUCCCAUUAUUUGCCUACACCCUCUUCCUUGUGGCCAUGGGGCUCUCCCGGAUCUUCGUCCUGGCUCACUUCCCCCACCAGGUGGUCACCGGCAUCCUGGCAGGGUCGGCGCUGGGGUGGGGGCUGCAGCGCUGUCCCCCCAACUUCCGCGUGUUCCGGUUCUUUGUGGCGGUGGCUGUGGCGCUGAUGCUGAGUGCGCUGGCCCUGCACAGCCUGGCCACGGCUGCUGGCAUCGACCUUGACUGGUCUCUCCACCUGGCCAGCGCCUGGUGCUCAGACCCGGCGUGGCUGCGGCUGGACACGCGGCCCUUCGCCUCGCUGUGCCGGGUGGUGGGCAGUGCCCUGGGGCUGGCCCUGGCUGCCGAGACCCCUCCACACCACCGGGACGAGGAGCAGCUCCAGGAUGGCCGCCUGCGGGUGGCAAGCACGGCGCUGGCCCUGCUGGCCCUGCAGCUGGUACACAGGCUGCCCAGGCCCUCAGACGCGGCUGCCCUGUACAGGCACGUGGUUGUGCACUAUGCGGCUGGGCCCUUCCUGGUGGUCUCCGUCCUGCCCCGGUUCGUCAUCGCCCUCAGGAGCUUCCUUGAGCCCCCCCAAACAUCCCCCAGCACCAAUUAGGCCUCCCCCCGCCCCAUACUGGUUUGUUCUCAACCUCAUAGAGUAGGGGGAUCCCUGCCCUUGGCUCAUCCUCAUCUUCUGCCCCCAGGGAGCCUCCCACACUGUGUUGGGGCCCCCACUCCUGCCCUGGCUCAUCCUCACCUUCACCUGUCCCCAGGGACUCCCUAACCUGAGAAGGGGCAUCCCUGCUCAUCCUCACCCACUCCUGGGGAUCCCCCAAACUGAGUAAGGGGGUCCCUGCUCAUCCUCACCUACCCCAGAGACCCCUCCCCCACUGAGUAGGGAUCCCCUCCUGUCCCGGUUCAUCCUUGCCCUCACCUGCCCCCCAGGAACCCCCCAGUGCCGAGCUGGGGGUCCCUGCACCUCUCCCAACUCAUCCUCACCUUCACCCACCCCCGGGGACCCCCUCACUGAGUAGGGGGUCCCUGCUUAUCCUCACUCGUCCCCAGGGACCACCCCCCUACACUGCCACCCCGUUCUGCUGAUUCCCGCCCCCUGUCCCGGCUCUUCCCUUUGCUUUGCCUAUCGCCGGUGGCUUAAGGCCAUGGGGACCCCCUUAGGCCCCCCCAGUUGUAGCACUAAUAGCCCUGUCUCUCCUCUCCCGGGCAGCAGGACCCCCUGGGAGGGCAGAGCUGGGGGUGCCUUGUGCCCAGCAGGUCUGGGGAUGCAGCACAGGGACAGUCCCAGCCCAGGGGUCACUAACCUGCCACCCCUGCCCCCACACACCUCCAGCUGCUCCAGUUCUCCCAGUUCUCCCCUGUCUGGAGCAGGGAUGGGAUCCCCCUACCCAAGCCGGGAGCCCCCUUUAUAUCACCAGGGGGGUCACCUCAUUUCUUACCAAAUAAAGCACCAAAACCAACCCACCGGGCCUGAGUCCUGCAAACAUGGGAGGGGAGGGCACAGGCAGAGCUGGGUGGUCCCCAGGGCAGGGCUGGGAGGGGGACCCCCCCCCACACACACACACUGGGGAGUGGCAGAACCCCCCAGACGUGCUGGGGGGGGACACAUUGGUCCCCUCCCUGGCCCCGUUGCUGAGGAAAAUGAAGCACGUUGGGACACCAGGAAGCCUUGGGGAUAUGCAAGGGAUGGGAACAGGGACACAGGGCCAGGAAUGGGAUGGGAAAAGGGACAGGGGGACAGGAAAGGGGACACAGGGGGACCCUCUCCACCCCCCAAAGGCAGCAGGGGCCGGCGGGUAUUGCCAGAAACAGUUUAUUUAUACAAGGACGAACAUUGGUGACAUUUUACAAAAUACUGAACCGAGACCCAGAGCGAGCUUGAGCGGGGGGAGGGGGAUGGACAGAAACCGAAGGGGGGAGCACGGCAGGGGCACAUGGGGGUGGGGGGGACACCAGCUCAAAGCAAGCUGGGCACCCUGCUGGGAGUGGCACCCCCUUUCCCCCCAUUCCGGGGUUGUUUCCUCUUCCCAGGAUGGGGAUCUGGGACCCCCCCCCCUCACAGGGUGUCCCCAACACUGGGUACACCCACACUGGGGUCCCCACAGUAACACACCCCCAUGCCCCCCCUCCUCACUCUAAACUGGGGUCCUUCCCCCCCAACUCAGGGUUAGGAGAGGUGACCAAGGACACGCUCAUCCCUCUGUCCUAAUCUGGGGAUCCCCCACUCCAAAAUAACUCAUGACGUGCUGUCCCUGUCCCCUCCUCCACUCCCCCAUUAAAAAAAUACUAUUAAAUAAUCUGUAAUAAAAUUAUAUCCCUUUUUUUGGGGGGGUGGGGUUUGAGUGGUUUUCUUUUAAAGCUAAAAUUACUCCGAGGCCACUCUAGCUGGUGACAAAACUGGAAAAUAAAGUGGUUUUUCCUCUUUUUUUUUUUUUUUUUUUUUUUUUUUUUUUUU